AUGAGCGUUCCCAAGAGACAGGUGUUACCUACCAAUGUGAAGCCCGUGCACUACGACGUGAGCCUGAAGCCGGACCUGACGACUUUCAAGUUUGAUGGUGAGGUUGCUAUCGACUUGAAGGUUCAGGAGACAAGCGACUUCAUUGAGUUGCAUGCCCUCGAGAUUGAGUUUUUGGAGGUUCAAUUGAAGACUUCUGGUGGCGAGUACAAGCCAACGAAGACCACCAGCUCGGAGAAGGACCAAUCUACUACGUUCAAGUUUGACGAGUCUGUUUUGAAGGAAGGCGAAACGGUUCAAUUGGCCAUCAAGUUCAUUGGCGAGUUGAACGACCAAUUGGCCGGGUUCUAUAGAUCCUCGUACACAGAGAACGGCGAGACCAAGUAUCUUGCCACGACGCAAUUCGAGGCCACCGACGCGAGAAGAGCGUUCCCUUCUUUUGACGAGCCUAAUUUGAAGGCAACAUUCUCCAUCACCCUCACGGCAGAGAAACACUACACUUUCCUUUCCAACAUGGACGUCAAGGAGGAGACUCUUGUUUCCGACACUUUGAAAAAAGUGGUUUUCAACAAAACGCCUCCAAUGUCCACCUAUUUGGUGGCUUUCAUUGUGGGUGAAUUGAAUUACGUCGAAUCAGAGUACAAGUUCAGAGACGUUCCAAUUAGAGUCUACACCACGCCAGGUUACGAGGCUGACGCUAAGUACUCGGCCGAGCUGGCCGCCAAGGCCCUCGAGUACUACGAAAAGGUAUUCGAUAUCCCAUACCCGCUCCCAAAGAUGGACAUGGUUGGUAUCCACGACUUUGCUGCCGGAGCCAUGGAGAAUUGGGGUCUGGUCACCUACAGAAUGGUGGACCUGAUGAUUGGCGAGAAGUCCAGUAACGCCGCCAAGCUGCGUGUUUCCGAGGUUGUGGCCCACGAACUGGCCCACCAGUGGUUUGGUAACAUCUGUACCAUGGACUUUUGGGACUCGUUGUGGCUGAACGAGAGUUUUGCAACCUACAUGAGUUUCAAGUGCUGCGACUACCUCGAGAAGGACUGGAAGAUCUGGGAGAACUUUGUCAACGACUCGUUCCAGACUGCUCUUUCUUUGGACAGUUUGAGAUCGUCGCACCCAAUUGAGGUGCCUGUUGCCAGUGCCGACGAGAUCAACCAGAUCUUCGACGCCAUUUCGUACGAGAAAGGUUCCUCUGUGUUGAGAAUGCUAGACAACUGGCUCGGAACAGAGAAUUUCAUCAAGGGUGUCUCGCACUACCUGAACAAGCACAAGUACGGAAACGCCGUCACCGAGGCUCUGUGGGACUCGUUGGCCCAGGUUUCCGGUAAGGACGUGAAUAGCGCCAUGCAGGUUUGGACCAAGUCGGUCGGAUACCCAUUGGUGCAGGUUUCUGAGAAGGACGGUAAGGUUUCUGUUUCGCAGCAGAGAUUCCUCACCACCGGUGAUGUCAAGCCAGAGGACGACAAGACCGUGUUCCCUAUCUUUUUGAACCUCAAGACCGACUCUGGAAUUGACAACAUUGUUCUGGACAAGAAAGAGGCCACUUUGGACGUGAAGAGCUCCGAUUUCUUCAAGGUCAACGGCAACUCCACCGGUGUUUUCAGAGUCAACUACGAGCCUGAAAGAUGGACUGCUUUGGGUGCUGCCUCCGACAAGCUUUCUGUUGAAGACAAGGUUGGACUUCUCUCUGAUGCCGGAGCUCUUUCUGUUGCAGGUAUUGCCAAAACCACCAGUUUGUUGACUUUGGUUUCCGAGUUCAAGGACGAGGAGUCGUACUUUGUUCUUUCGCAAUUGGUCAGCAGACUCGAGAGCUUGAAGGCUGCAUGGAUCUUUGAGGACGAGAGCGUCAAGGCUGCUCUGGAGUCGCUUGUCAGAGACCUGAUCAGCGAAAAGAGCCACCAAAAGGGCUGGGUCUUUAACUCGUCAGACUCGUUCCUUGACCAAAGCCUCAAGACUCUUCUGUUCAAGGCUGCUUCCUCCAACAAGGACGAAAAGACCGUCGAGGCGUCCAAGUCCAUUUUCGCAAAGUACAUUGCCGGCGACAAGUCUGCUUUGGACCCUAACCUUAGAGACUCUGUUUUCAGUGUUGUUGCUUCCACUGGUUCCCAAAAGGAGUUUGAUGCUUUGCUCAACAUUUACAAGACUUCCCAGAUCAGUGACGAGCAGAUCACUGCUUUGAGAAGUCUGGGUAAGUUCUCUGACGAAGCUCUUCUUGACAAGGCUUUAAGCUUUGUUUUGGACGGUACCGUGAGAAAACAGGAUAUUUGGAUUCCAAUGGUGGGAAUGUCUGGUAGCAGAAUUGGUAUCGAGAAAGUGUUCAACUUUUUGACCACCAACUGGGACCAGAUCAUCAAGCUUGUUCCAACUUCGUUGCCAUUGUUUGGUGGAGUUAUCUCUAUCGCCAUUGGCCGGUUCACCAAGAAGGAGCAUUACGACCAGAUCAAGGCCUUCUUUGCCGACAAGGACACCAAGGCAUUUGACCAAAAAUUGGCUCAAGGUUUGGAGUCCAUCGAGGGAAAGAUCAAAUGGCUUGAAAGAGACUCCGAAAACGUUGCUCAAUGGCUCAAGGAACACAAAUACUUGAAAUAA